UUUGAUUAUCCGGGGGGGGGGGAGAGAGUUUAUGUCGCAUAAAUGCUCUUUUCUUAGUCAUCUCAUAUAUGACUAUGCGACAACCAAGUAUUUUCGGCUCAUCAAAUGAAGUUCAGGUCAAUCAUUUUAUGCAAGUGUAACAAAGCGUAUCCCAAAAAUGGGAAAUAUCCACCAAAUCGCGCAAUCACUCAGGCUCAUUUGCAACAAAUGUCCACAAAAAAAAAACUUCGUUAUCUCAACAAGUUUUCUCGUUUAAUAAAUAUAUCACAACAUGGCUCCUCCAAACACUGACGCAAUUAUUCAAGAAAUUGAAAAGCUCGACCUUCAACAAAUCGCUCGUACUAAAGGCCAUUACCUUGUUUAUCCCGAUAAAACUUAUCCUGAACUCGAACCUUUUGAACACAAAGAUCCUGGACAUCUUGCAGACCCCAAAAAGGCUUCUAUUUAUGACAAUGCCGGAAAGAUCUCUGACUUAACCCCUCAUAUUGGUACUGAAAUCAGAGGUUUGCAAUUGUCGAAAUUGACAGAUCAACAAAAGAAUGAUUUGGCUCUUUUGGUUGCUGAACGUGGUGUUGUCUUCUUUAGGGAUCAAGAUAUUGAUGUUUAUCAAGGCCGGGAACUUGGUAAAUACUUUGGUCCUCUUCAUGUUCACAACACCUUUGGCCAUCCUCCUGGACUUCCUGAAAUUCAUGUUGUUUACUUUGAUUCAGAAACUGUUAACCGUUACAAGUCAAUCGGUGGUGUCAGUCUUGAGCUUUCUCGUUCUGCACAAGAUGGAUGGCAUUCAGAUGUCAGUUAUGAACUUCAACCUCCUGGAUUGACUUUCUUGAAAAUUGAUACCUUACCUGCAGAAGCUGGUGGUGAUACUUUGUGGUCAUCUAGCUAUACUGCUUACGACAGAUUAUCACCCGCAUUCAAAAAUUUUUUGGAGGGAUUGGAAGCAGUGCAUGAUGGUUAUUAUCAAGUAGAGGAAGCAAACCUUGCUAAACAUGUCGUUCGUCGUAAGAAGUGGACUGCCACUCACCCUAUUGUUCGUACACAUCCUGUCACUGGUUGGAAGGCUCUCUAUGUUCAAAAGGGUUUCACCAAGUCUAUUGUAGGUCUUUCUAAGCGUGAGUCUGAUACCAUUCUCAAUUUCCUCUUUGAUCACAUUUCUGGUGGUGUUGAUUUCCAAGUUCGUUUCAAGUGGGAAGAAAACAGUGUCGCUGUUUGGGAUAACCGUGUUACCAACCAUAACGCUGUAUUUGACUAUCUUGAUAUUGGUAGACGCCAUGGCUGGAGAGUAACUCCUCAAGCUGAAGCUCCUUACUUUGACCCAAACAGUAAGUCCAGAAGAGAAGAUCUUUUGGAAAAGGCCAAGACCAAGUAA